GGACUGGCCGCCGUGGCGCUGGGGACGGUGGCCUGGCAUCGCGCCCGGUCCCAGAGGCGCCGGCGGCGGCUGCAGCAGGUGGGCACCGUGUCGCAGCUCUGGAUCUACCCGGUCAAGUCCUGCAAGGGGGUGGCGGUGAGCGAGGCGGAGUGCACGGCCCUGGGGCUGCGCUGUGGCCACCUGCGGGACAGGUUCUGGCUGGUGAUUAAGGAAGACGGGCACAUGGUCACUGCCCGGCAGGAGCCUCGCCUGGUACUGGUGUCCGUCACCUGUGAGGGGGACCGCCUGAUCCUCAGGGCUCCGGGAAUGGGCCCGCUGGUGCUGCCGGGCAAGCUGCCUUCUUCCAACAAGCUUCACGAUUGCAGGCUGUUUGGGAUGGACAUCAAGGGCAGGGACUGUGGCGACCAGGCGGCUCAGUGGCUCACCAGCUUCUUGAAAACAGAAGCUUUCCGGCUGGUUCAGUUUGAGGAUCACAUGAAGGGAAGGUCAUCGAAGAAAAUUUUCUCCACUUCUGUACCGAAUUACCAGGUGGCCUACCCAGACUGCAGCCCCAUCAUGCUCCUCUCCGAAGCCUCGCUGGUGGACCUCAAUACCAGGCUGGAGAAGAAACUGAAAAUGGACCAGUUCAGACCCAGCAUCGUGGUGACCGGCUGCAAUGCCUUUGAGGAGGAUACCUGGGAUGAACUCCUCAUCGGCAGCGUCGAGAUGAAGAGGGUUUUGGCUUGUCCCAGGUGCAUUUUGACCACUGUAGACCCGGACACCGGAGUGAUCGACAGGAAGGAGCCGCUGGAAACUCUGAAGAGCUACCGCCUGUGUGAUCCUUCUGAGAAGCAGAUCUACAAGUCGUCCCCACUGUUUGGGGUCUAUUACUCGGUGGAGAAAGUCGGCAGCUUGAACGUUGGGGACCCCGUGUAUCGGAUGGUGCCGUGACAGGCUUUCUGUGUCCAAGGAGGCUCUGAUUAGGACGUGACCGACCGCCACACCACCACCUCGGCCCAUCCUCGCUCCCCAGCCUUUGACCAUCUUCACCCUGGAAGUGAACCUCGUUUUAACUUUUUGAAGUUACACGUGCUCCAGGUUAACACAGGAAAAGUAGUACAGGUGAUUCAGCAAUAAGCAGGUAUAUAAAUUUGACAUAAUGAGGACUCUUUAAAUAAAUAAAAUUGUCUAUGAAAUUAUUUUGAAUGUUCCUCUAGUGAUUACAGUUCUCAGUCCCUGAUGUUAAUACUGAGUAAAGAAAGUUGAAAGAAUCAGUUAAAAAGCUGCAAAUUUUUUCCUAAGUGUUUAUAUUAUCACCUGUCAUUCGUGUUUUGGGAGAAAUGGAACAAGAUCAUUGUUUCUGAUGUGCCUUAUCCGUGUUACCACAAAUCCUUGUUUUUGUUCUUUACAUGGCUGUUGAAUCCUGUCACCAUUUUGCUCAUGUGCUCUGGACCCCAAAGUAGGGAAUCAGGUUGUACUUGAGCGUGGAAGUUAUUUUAAGCUCCUGUUUUCAUAUUCGAUGAAGCCAUACAAAAGCAGCUUGUGUACAACCACCAGAUUCACCGCCUGGAAUCACAAGUAUGACAAAGAAAACAUGGGAUUUGAAAACAAAUGGAAUUUUGAGAGCAGGAGUGAGCAGGAGGAAAGGAUGAGCACAUUUUUUUGGGUGCAAAUAAUUUUUAGGUGCAAAUAAUUUGGUGCAAAAAAUAAGAGAAAUGAACUAUUUUGGUUUGACCAAACAAAAACCCUCACUGAAGUAACAUGUGGCUGAAUUAACCCACUUAUAAUUUGGUGGUUUCUUUAUUAUUAAUAAAUGAGUCUCAGUUGUA